AUGAACGGGGUGGACACGCUGAAAGAGCUGCGUGUGCAGGUGAAGUCCCUGCAGACCGACACGGACCAGGCGCGGUGGCGGGCGGACGAGCUCUCCCGGCGGGCGGAGGCGGCGGAGUGGACCGCCCAGACGGCGGCCAAGCUGCGGGAGGAGGCCGAGAAGGAGCGCGAGCAGGCCGUGCAGGAGAGGGACACGCUCUUUAAGAUUCUGCAGAACUACCGCGGCCAGAACGGCGUGAUCGACCUGAAGAUAAAGCGGAUGGCGGAGCGGACGUGCGACCGGACCGUACAGACCUACAUCCGGUCCUGCAUGAGCUGCAUCCGCGAGGGCAACGUGGCCGCCAUUCUGCAGGGCAGCGACAGGUGUCCACAUGCGGGGAACAUCGGCGUGUCCCAGGCGAACCUGGUUGGCGGGAACGCCGUCCUGCAGCCGAGCCGGCAGCCGUCCUGGGCGAACAACUCGGGAGCCAGCCGGCCCGCCACAACCACAACACCCUCCGGCACAGACACGCAGGACAGGGACUUGGUGCCGUUCGAGUCCCGUGCUGUUGUGCAGGCGCGCACAGCUGAGAGACUAGGCUGGGGACAGGACUGGGCUCGCGUGGACAGGCCCAUGCCUCAGACAGGCAACAUGCAGGACAGCAGGACAGCAAGGGUCAUCUUCCGCAGGCCUGCAUCAGCCUCAAACACAGGCACACCGGCUAGGCUCAAAUAG